UGGCUCCUCCCCUUAGGCUGGGGGGGGUCCUUUAGCAAAGCCCGCCCACUUCCCAGACACCCAAUAGACACAGGCCUCCAGUCUCGAGGUAAAUAGGACAUGAAGAAGCCACGAGCCAAGCCCGCCGCGCCGCUCUUCAGGCGCAUGCGCUGGAAUCGGAACAACGGGUGGCUUUCCCACUGCGCAUGCGCCGCCAGGGGCCGCGUUUCCUCUCCCACAACGUCCUCAGGUCGCGCUGUGAUGAGCGCGAGGGCCGGCGUCCUGUGCGUGCGUCGACGGCUCUUGUCUGGCGGGGUGACGUUCUCCUCAAGCUCUCCCCGCCCCGUCGGCUCUGGCUGUGACGGCCCCUGCGGUUUACGUCACGAGUUUCUGGGUGGAGGAGGCGGAGCUUUCAGCGGGACGGUAGCUGCGGUCUCGGGCGCCUCACGUUGAAGGGUCGGCGCCCCCCCCCCCUUCUGCUCUCGGUCCGCGUGAGGGUGGCGGGCGCCCCCACUUCGGCAACUCGCUCCCUGUCUUCCCCUCCCCCCGCUCCGGCCUCUCUCCCGCCCGCCCGCCUUCCCCGGGUGUCUCCUGCUCCGGCCUCGUCUCCCGUCGCCCCCGCCAAUAGGCCCCCAGUCCCGCCGCGCCGGGGGGCUGGGGCAGCCGGGCUGCAGGGUCCUGCCUGCGACCCCCCGCGUGCCCGGAAACCUGGCUGCUCCCCACCCGCGUCCCCCGGGCCUGCAGCGGGGCAGGGGGCUCCCUGGGCUCGGGCAUCAGCGGCUUCCUCACCCCCACUCGGGGCUCGGCUGCGACCCAGAAAAUAAAUGAAUGCUAAUGGGACAGCCAUUUCCCUGAAGUUCAGGUUUUCAGGCUGGCUGCCAUGAUGGAUGAUCAGUCUUUGAAUUCAAUCGAGCAGCAAGCUUUGAAUUCAAUCAUGCAGGAUUUGGCUGUCCUUCAUAAGGCUAGUCGUCCUGCAUUGCCAGUACAAGAAACAGGAAAACCAAAAUCAUCUUCACCCAAAAAACAGAAUGAUGUUAGAGUGAAAUUCGAACACCGAGGUGAAAAAAGGAUUCUACAGUUUCCCAGGCCUGUGAAACUAGAAGAUCUUGCAUCUAAAGCUAAAGUUGCUUUUGGACAGCCUAUGGACUUGCAUUACAGCAAUAAUGAGCUGGUGAUUCCAUUAACCACACAGGAUGAUUUGGACAAAGCUGUUGAACUGCUAGAUCGUAGUGUUCACAUGAAGAGCCUCAAGAUAUUGCUUGUAAUACAUGGAAAUUCACAGGUUCCUGUCCUAAGUAACAUGGAACCAUUGCCAUCACUGGAAGAUUUGGAUAAUACAGUGUUUGGAGUGGCAGAGAGUAAAAACAGGCUGUCUGUAAUAGGUUCUAAUACACGUGAUAGAAGUUCACCUCCCCCGGGAUACAUUCCAGAUGAGCUGCACCAGGUGGUACGAAAUGGAUCAUUCACUAGUAUCAAUAGUGAAGGCGAGUUCAUUCCAGAAAGCAUGGAUCAAAUGCUGGAUCCAUUGUCCUUGAGCAGUCCUGAAAACUCUGGCUCAGGAAGCUGUCCCUCACUUGACAGUCCUUUAGAUGGAGAUAGCUACCCCAAAUCUCGGAUGCCACGAGCACAGAGCUAUCCAGAUAACCACCAGGAGUUUUCAGACUAUGAUAUCCCAAUAUUUGAGAAAUUUGGAAAAGGCGGGACUUAUCCCCGAAGGUAUCAUAUUUCAUAUCAUCACCAAGAUUACAAUGAUGGUCGUAAAACCUUUCCAAGGGCCAGAAGGACCCAGGGGAACAGCUUCCGGUCUCCAGUCAGUUUCAGCCCCACCGAUCACUCCCUGAGUACAAGCAGUGGGAGCAGCACCUUUACUCCAGAGUAUGAGGAGAACCGAAUGAGAAGAAGGGGAAGUGACAUAGACAAUCCUACCUUGUCAGUAAUGGACAUCAGUCCACCUAGCCGCUCACCACGAGCGCCAACUAACUGGAGACUUGGCAAGUUGCUGGGUCAGGGUGCUUUUGGCAAAGUAUAUCUCUGUUAUGACGCUGACACCGGAAGAGAAUUGGCUGUUAAACAAGUUCAAUUUGACCCUGACAGUCCAGAGACAAGCAAGGAGGUAAAUGCACUUGAAUGUGAGAUUCAGCUGUUGAAAAACCUACUGCAUGAAAGAAUUGUUCAGUAUUAUGGCUGCUUGAGGGAUCCCUCUGAAAGAACACUCUCUAUAUUCAUGGAAUACAUGCCAGGGGGUUCCAUUAAGGACCAGUUAAAAGCAUAUGGAGCACUCACAGAGAAUGUGACCCGAAAAUACACACGGCAGAUUUUGGAGGGAGUUUACUAUUUGCACAGUAAUAUGAUUGUACAUAGAGAUAUUAAAGGAGCAAAUAUUCUGCGGGAUUCAGCAGGCAAUGUGAAACUAGGUGAUUUUGGUGCCAGCAAGCGACUUCAGACUAUCUGUCUCUCUGGCACGGGAAUGAAAUCUGUCAUGGGGACUCCAUAUUGGAUGAGUCCCGAAGUUAUCAGUGGAGAAGGGUAUGGGAGAAAAGCAGAUAUCUGGAGUGUAGGUUGUACGGUGGUGGAAAUGCUCACUGAGAAACCCCCUUGGGCAGAGUAUGAAGCAAUGGCUGCCAUCUUUAAAAUUGCCACCCAACCAACCAAUCCACAGCUGCCACCUCAUGUCUCAGACCAUAGUCGGGAUUUCCUCAAGCGGAUUUUUAUCGAGGCCAAGUUGCGACCAUCUGCAGAUGAACUGCUAAGACACACAUUUGCACAUUAUCACUAACAGCCUGCCUCAACUCAGCUUGCAUCUACUGCAUUUAUUUUCUAUUUGACUGCACUUUUAUUUUUAUUUUUUUACAAAAAAAGGAGAAAAAAGACAAGAGAGAAAACGUAUUUCUCUUGAUUCUUUGUUUCACUUAGAUUAUAAGCAAGAAUCUAAAUUUUUGUAUUUAGAAUGAGGGUCUCUUCUCCUCUCCCUCACCCCCCAACAGGGCCUAGAACCUUUUGUUUCUGUAAUGUACUGAUGUGGUUCACAAAGAUAAAGCACUUUAGUACAUAGUCAUUCCUUAACUAAAGGGAAAACAGACGUAUGACUUGGACUGUCAAGAACUGUAACUUUUUCUAACACCGCUGACUGUCUCAGGAUGCAGGGAAAAAUACAUAAGCAGCUAGUAUGCAGGGAGAAGAAAAUCAUUAUCUGUGAUUUGUUCUUUGUACUGUAGGUAGUUGCUGCUGAGGGUUUUAAGUUAUAUUUUAGCAUGUUAAUCAGUUUCUGAAUAUCACACUUGAGGCAUGAACCCACAGUUCUGGAAAUUAAUUAGAAAGCCCAAAGAACUUAGAACCCUCAGUAGAGACUGCUCUGCAUAAUAGAGCACCUGCCUAACACUUCCUUUGUGACCAAAAGAAAAUAAGGCAGGAACAUAACUCUAAAUCAGUAGUUAGUGGGAGCUGUUUUAAAGUUAUUUUAUUACCUUCAUAGAACAAGAAUUGCAGGUAAAUCAAAGAUUAUAGAUCCAAACUCCUAGAGACUGCAAAGCUCAGGAGGGUAGUCUCCAUAGUGAAGAAACACAAAAUAACCAAAAAGAUCAACAGAUAAAUAGAAAUAAUACCCCCUGCAGCUGCCAAAGAUAUGCCUACCAUAUAAGUUAAAAGGGUGGGAGGUCACUUUCCUUAGGUGAUGGUAAGACACAAAACGAUGUGAGAUAAAGUCCUUCACCAUCCAGUGAUUGGCAAAGACAAAAAUUAAUCCUUGUCUACUGUAUGCAUCAUCUGACUAUCAAAAUGAACUGCAAGGAAUAAGAAAUUCAGAACAAUUGUCAGAGACUGAGAGAGAAUGUAUUUUGAAGGUCAUGCACCUGAAUAUAAUAAUCCUCAAAUUGUUUUAAAUGCGAUUGUUUUAAUAACACAAUCCAGUUACUAGGAUGUUUGAAAAAGUCCCUGAAAUAAAAUGAAUUCUAAUUCCUUGUGUCUAAUUCCGUUAGUGUCAAAUGACAACAAAGCACUUCAAGACUUUUUUGGUCAUAUUUUUCAAGCAGCAAUGAUGAUAAAAACAACUUUAAAAUGCCUCUUUCCUAGGGAGAGCCUUAAAAGCAACCAACAUAGAAACAUCAAGGACAGACCAUACAGAAAAAGUGGAAUAUUUUUAAAGCUGCUUGUGUGACACAGCACUAGGACAUGGAUUUUGAAAGUGAAAUCUAACUGAACAAAGAGCAGCAGCACACGAUGUCAUGCUGAGUUUUACAUUAAAAAUGACCAAAGAUGUAAAAGGAACAAAGCAACUGCACAGUAUGAGUGUGUAAUUUCGCAAUCCAGAAGGAUCAAACUGUGCCAGAUCUCACAGUCAUAAAAUGUUUGUUCAUUUUUUCCAUCUCUAGAACAGGGCAACGAAAGAGUAAAAUUCGGAGACACAAUCUCAGGCCUCGAACAGCUCCACAGAAAAGUACUAAUGAGAAGGAUUUACUAACUGACUUCACAUUAGAGAAAGAAAUCAAACCCUCCCAUCUUAAUAAAGGUAUACAAUAUACAGAAUUUGAGAGAGAGUUUGGAAAUAAAUUCUGUGACCUAUAUAACUUAAGUUUGAUUCUUGCUAGUAUGGCUGAUUCACUGGUUGCCUAUCUUUUUCCCUCCCAGUUAUGUAAAUACAGAAUGUGUUGAUGCUUUGGACAUCAAACCAUUCUGACAAGGCUUUGUAUAAUGGUGCCAAGAGUCCACUCUGCCUUAUGUCCUUAUUAGGACUAUCAAAAACUUGAGGUGGGUGAAAAUUAAGAAAUGAAUGUAUCAGUGCUACAAUGAAAAAUUAUAGUGUUGGCUCAUGUGCCAGACUCUUGAGGUUUCUGAAUUUUUAUUUUUCUAAUUUAGCUGCUAAAUUCUGUAUCAGCAGCAUAACUAGGAGUCUGGGUCUAUCCUAAUCCAUUUACCUGUAAUAGAUGAUCAGUUGUUCUUCUACUGGGGCCACUAACACACAUUUUGGGCAGGUGGUCUAUUCCAGUUAUCUGUUUUCUGUGAUUAUUGUGACUUUUUUAAUCUGGUUGGUCAUUUUGUUGGUCAUGGUAAGCAGCAGUGCAGGGUUUACAUGCAUGAGAUGAGAGUUCAGUCUGGGAAAACCUGUGGGCCAAAAUCAAAGUAAACUUGCGUGCACUUUCUUUGGCUUCUUUGUCACUUGAUGGAAGCAGCCUAUGGGAAGAAUCUGCAUGAACCUUUGUGCUGUAAAGGACCUUUGCUUCAUAAGCAAAAUUUAGUGGCAGUGCGGACAGUAGGGAAAGUUAUGUAGAGACUGUCUUUAAAAUACAGCAGAACCUCAGAGUUAUGAAGACUAGAGUUACGAACUGACUGAAGAACCACACACCUCAUUUUUAACCAGAAGUACGUAAUCAGGCAGCAGAGAUGGGAAAAUUAAAAAAAAACAAACAAUUACAAUACGGCACAGUACUGUGAUAAAUGUAAACUACUACAGAAGUAAAGGGAAAGUUUAAAAAAAAAAAAGAUUUGACAAUGUAAGGAAACUGUGCUGAUUUCAUUUAAAUUAAGAUGGUUAAAGCAGCAUUUUUCUUCUGCACAGUAAAGGUUCAAAGCUGUAUUUAAGUCGUCGUUCAGUUGUAAACUUUGGAAAGAAUCACCUUGAUGUUUUGUUCAGAGUUAUGAACAUUUCAGACUUAUGAACAAUCUCCAUUCCUGAGAUGUUUGUAACUCUGAGGUUCUACUGUAGACUAAUAGUUUACAUAAUGUACAAACCAUAUAUCUGAAAUUGAUUUCAAACGAAUUAAGAAGGUACCAAAAACCAAGCUGAAAAUGUACAUAUAUAAUAGUCAGUGGUAUCUGAAAGUGUAAGAAAAUUAUUUAUAUUACCAAAAAGUACAAAAAAUGAAUUUUAAAGGGAAAAUUUAAUCAAGUUUAACUGCAGCACUCUGAAAUUUUAAAGAUACUCUUGGAUCAAUUAAAGAAACUACUCUCUGAAGCUUGAAGUUUUCUAAAAAUACACCCUGUUUGCAAGGCAGAGUUGGCUUCUCUAUACUGCAGUGUCAUUUCUUAGCUGUGACUGGGGAAAAAAAACAAAAUAAGACUGCUGCUUUGGUGCCUUUUUUAAAAGAUAGUGCUUUCUGUCUUGACAAUGGUAAAUUUGUUUGAGAUCAGGAAAAGAGAGAACUAGCAGAAUAAUACAGAAUUUUAAAAAUGUUUAGGCAUAGCUUUCCCUUUAAAAUAUAAUCCCAUCUGGAUUGUAAAUUAUUGGACAUAUCAGAAAGCUAGUGAGGCAAUAUAAUACCUCUUUAAUGAUGGCUAAUUUCACCAGUUUUGUUGUUUAUGGUUAAGAUCUCGUCAUAUGAAUCACAAGAAGGACUGAACUAUUUUUUUUUACCCUUGCGAGAACCUCCCAAGUGACCUAAGCUACUUAUGUAUAACCCUUUAAACAAUUACUAUAUAAAUUAAAAAUGUAUAUUUUGACCUAGAAAUAGGAAUUAUUGAAGUUAGUCAAAUUCUACCUUUUGAGAAACAGGCAAUACCUUCAUUCCCUUGCAUGUUGCAUUUUUGGAAACUUGGUAAAGUCAUGUUGAGGUAAAAUGUUUUUUGCAUUAUCUGCUUUUAAUUAUGGUACGGUAGGUCCCUUCAUUUUCUAUAAAGCAUCUAGCACACCACUGGCACUAUAACUAAUGAAAUUUUAUGUCUAUAAUUCCGAAGGUGCAUGGAGCUGCAUGAUUAAAAUCCCAUUGAAGAUGAGUCAUGAAGCAAGAUUUCUCUGUGCCACUUUUAAUAACCUACCAACUACCAUUACAGUAUUUUAGAAUCAUUAACUUGUGAGUGCUAAGUCCAAUUAUGAGAAAAUGUCAGUGGGACAGAAUGUUGUCACAGGGUUAUGGUCUCCUAUGUAAACACCAAAGCAGAACUGGACUUACAGAAAAUAAGUGUUAAGAUUUGUUGGGAGAGUAGAAAUGCUUAUUUUCAAAUCAGGAGCUAUUGAUCUGGCAAUUAUUUUUUAGUACACUGACUUUAUUUCUGUUGCACCCGUUUAGUAAUAAAUAUUUAACAACUUGUCUGUAAAUUGGUUUUAAGAGUGAGUUAGUCUCUGCAUAAUUCUGAUAUACUGCAUUCUUAUUGGUUUACAUAAUAGGCUGGGUUGUAUUUCAGCCAAUCAGAAACAAGCUUAUUAAUUAAACUACAGUUUUCUGUGUAAUUUUUUAAUAAGCUGAUUUCUAUCUGAUUGAAAUGGAGAAAAACUAUGAACAGCGGCUGGCUGGCUGGCACAGACUCCAUUUUUUUUUGUUUUUUUGUUUUUAGUUUUGUGUUUGUUUUUUUUUGUUUUAAAAGCGUGCUUUGGUUCAAGUUCAGUCUUGUCUGAGGGGAAAAUAACGUCCAUUGGUAAUUUUAACGAAAUCCUCACUUUACAAAAAAGAAUUGUGAAUGGAAUUGCAGCGCAUCUACAGUAGCAGUAUGGUUAAAUCUAAAACACAAACUAUAUACUUUUUGCAUACAUAAUUCCUUCCAUUUUGUUUUAGGCAAAAUUUUUGUGUACUAGGUCAAGGUACGUUUCUAAUUGAGUUAAACUGUCCUUUUGGUUAUAAUUUGAAAAAUAAUUUAACAGCUGUCUCUUCAGCUAGUGCCUUUUUAUCUGUAUGCCUUAAUUUUGUUUAUGUAUAGACACCAUAUUUAAAUCAUAUGGCUGUCUAAUCAUUCAGUGCCACCAAAAUAGUCUUUAAAAUAUAUGCAAGGUUCCAAGGCAGAAAUCACUAACUGCAUCAAAAGUUGUGCUUUAACUAGUAUCUGUAGCAGAGUUUUAGGUUGAGAUUUUACUACAGUUUUUAAAUGAUAAAAAAAUACUUAGCACCUACAGUGCUCUCCUACUGUACAAACAUUCCAGCAAGGAUGUUAGUGUUAUCCCCAUUUUACAGAUUGGAAAACUGAGACACAGGCUAGAUAACUUGCCCAAUAUCAUAGGCUUAGACAUGCCACUGCUGUACGUGGUACUGUACUAUAAUAAAUGAAGUUUGGCUAAGAAAAGUG